AUGAUGCUUGACGUAGACGUUGUUGACACGCAGGUGUUGUCCAUUCUCAUUCAUUUAUCCUGUUCCAAAAUGACUCAGCCAGUAAGGCCAACAGCCGUAGUUGGUACCCACUCGUACGUUUAAGUCGACGAAUAAAAAAGUGGUCCUGUCUCUUCGUGGAACCUAUGCUUGGUCUCAGCUGGGGAGUUAAGGGCGCUUGGUUAAGCAAUGAUGAGACUGACAGGUUCAUUGGAGGAGGGGAGAUGAAGAGAUAGAAUGAGCGCAGUUCUUUCUGUUGCAAGGAAAAAAUCAGGCAGCUUCUGACAGCAACCCCCAAAAUCAUGCACUCUGGUCAAGUUGUUGACUUGCCUUGCCAGAGGGAAGUCAAUUUGUUUCUUGUCCAUAUGUAGCCUGCUUUGCUUUUGUCGAUGACUGCUGCUUUACAGGUUUCAUUUAAUGCAAGAAGAUCGUUUAUGAGGCCAGUUAUCAUAGUCUUGAAGUUCCAGGCGUCCAAACUUAAGGCAGUUACUCGGCGAGACAGCAACCUUUUGGGCAGGUGCUGCCCAGCUUAAGGCGGAGCAGGAGCUACCAGUGAAACGCGAUGGUCUCUCCCAUGGUCAGUCCCUGGCGUAUAACUUUACGCCAAUUGAGGUGAAGACAUAUAACCGGUAUACUGCUGCUUCGGUGUUGAUUCGACGCCGAUCGGCGAAGCUGAAGGGUCCUCUCCAAUGUGCAAAGCCUGGGUAAGUAUCUAUGGAUGAUGAGCUGUUAUCAAAUCGGCAGAUUUCCCUUCUCCACGUCGCUGAAAUUAUCCAAUGGAAAUCUUGUGGCAGAAAAAGUUCCAUCGUUAGUACGUCUAAAAUACGUGCAUUUCUGCCAUACCAAUAGUAGAGCAUUUCAGGAGCCGCACAGAAAACAAGACAUAUGACUAAGGAAAAGUCAAUACAACCUAAAUGUAAUCAUUUAUAGAACAAAUAAGUCAAGUGAACGCCACAAGUUAACAGGCGAAUCAUGAACGUGGCAUACAUUUAAGCUCCGUUUAUAUUUUAGGGCGAUUAUAUAUAGCUGAACCAUUUGUCCACUCCAAGAGCUUACAACAGCGGUCGUGCAUACUCUGAUUCUCUCGCCUUUACCUAGUUGACUCGGCUAGGUAACCCAAAGUAUAUGGAGAAAAGAUGACUCGGUUUGGUGGAUGACCCUGCCAUCGAAUUAGGGUGACCCAGCUAGGUGGGUCACUCCUUCUACCCAACUAACUUUUUUUCUUCAUCGUGACGGUUUUUCAAGGUUUGUAAGUAAAUUUAGGAAAAUUUGGCUCACCCAGGGUUGCUUGGGUAGGCGAGUGACCCCUCUUAUCUAAGAAACGUUUUCUCUACACAAACAGGGCCUUAAAAACACAUCAUCACAUUUACAAACUAGUAAGUGUAGCUUUCCUUGCUGACAAUAAGGUUUAAUUAAUAAGGUUCUGUUGACAAACGUUGAGAGACGUACACUGUCAGGCGUUUUUCUUCGGGCAAUUUUUAUAAACGGAAGGAAAAAUACCGACAAAUCUGCAGGAAAAUAAAAAACUCGUCUGGGUAAAUUUAAAGGCUAAAGUUUACAAACUUUUCAACUCGAGCACUCUUUCAGUAUUUGCAUUUUUGGAGUCCAAGAGCGAAAGGACAUACCAAGUAAAACCCUGCCUUUAAACGGGGCAGUCUGUGUGCAUUGAACAAACAUGUCUUGGAAAUUCGUUCGUCGCUGUUUACAAGAAGGGCCUAUAAGCAUUAGGGACCUUACUCAAAAAGUGACGACGAUGCAAUGUAAUACAAUCAUGUACCUUGUAACAAAAAUCUUGCUUUAAUAACCUCGUUAUUAAUUAUCUUUUUUUGUUUGCCGGGCAAGUUAGAGGAAGAACAGAAAAUAAGUGUCAAGACAAAAAAGCUUGAACUUGAUUGAGGACUUCUCGGAAAUGUACCAAAGUGUCAAUAGCACGUGCAGCCGUGCAAAGACAUGUUUUACGGUUAUGUCAGGAAACGUUUGUUUAGCCUUUCAGGCCGAAAUCGCCUUGUCAUAACCUGAGUAACUUUCUAACUGACAUUAACUAAUUCUUUUGGGUUUUAGAGGCUGCUAGGCAUUCUCCCCUCUUAAAUGGGAAGGUACGGUCAAGCACUCACUCGAGUAUAUUCAACUUUGAAUGUGCUCAUGAAAAUCUAUAUUUAACUCAUCAAAAAUGGUUGAACAACUUCCUGAAAUUUGAAACUGACUCUAUAUUUGUAUUACAAGCAAAAUCCGCCCAUACGCGUAAAAAACAAGGUUUCAUUCUUUGUUUUUCCCGGUACUUUUACGACAACGAUCACUGGAUGCACUUCAAAGACGCAAACACGUUUUCUUUUAAUUUAGCCACAGUGUAGCUGAAUCAGAAUUUUUUUUUAGAAUCUUGCAAUUAUUUUACAUUUUAUGGCUCUUUCGGAAUGAACUAUUCUCACUGGAAAGGACCAACAACAGCUAAAAUGAUCUUUAUCCAAGUGCAUGCGUUUCUAGCUGACCAACAAAAGUUGUAACCAAUAAAUUUGAGUAUCCGUUUACAACUUACACGGCCAUUAUAAGGUAUUUGCUUCAUUUAUACGUAUCGGUGGCCAAUAUAAACCAAGCCAAAUAUAAUUAAGUAAUUCGAUCUUUAUCAUAAUGGCAUCAACAACCACACUAUAUUCCUGUUUUGGUGCCAAACAGAACAAUGAUAUCCUAAAGUAAGCAAAUGCCAUUGGAGACAUAUUGCAUCAAUGGCCUUAUCACUACUCCAAAUGACGUUGGGGCGGGAAAAUGUUUAAAGAAACAUGGAAUAUCAUAUCUACAAACAAUUGCUCAUAAUGCACUUAAGGAAAGUGAUUUUCUAUAACCCGUGACUAACGACCAACGCUCCUGUUGAGGAACUUCUACUAGAGUUCGAAUGCACUGUUCCCCGGCCCCGUAUUUGGCCUCAAGGUUGAGAUAUGUAUAAAUCGGAAGUAAAAACAAGCAAAUCUGACUUCAAAAAGGAAAAAAAAUGUUAAUGAGCCUAAAAAUUAGUUUUCGUCUAUUAAACGAUCGCAGUUUUGCGUGUAUAAACCAAUACAGUUUUGUUCACGAGUCAAUUUUUGCACCAAAAAAUUGAAUGCCGUGCUUUUUGAUAGCAUUCCAAGAAUAUAUAUGAUUGAAAUAUAUAUGAUUGAUCAACGAGGGAAUAAACCAGAUAAUUUAUCCUUGCAAAAAAUGAUGCAAGAUGAAGUUUACAUCUUCCUCUACAGUCAACAUAUAAGAGACAGCAAGGACAUUACACAAUGUAACAGUCACAGCAAAGAAGUCGAAUUACAAAGGCCUACGUGAAAGGUGAGAACAAAUCUAUUUCAUACCAUCCCUCUGCGAAGUUGUAACUAAACAACUGCAAAAUUGUGAGUUAGGCAUGGGGAACCCUGUAUGCAAGCCUUCGCUUUUUCAGCGAUAAUAGAAGCGUUCGAUUUAUAUAAAUGGGAAAACCAGCUUUUGGUCGUCACUCUCUUUUGUAGAAGAGAGAAAUUGUUUUGUUUUUAUGAUUGUAGUUAUUGUUCAGUGCUUUUUUUUUUUAUUUACAGAUUAAAAAUGAAACUUUUUAAGGGGAUUGUUGCUGCCAUAAUUACUGUGACGUUGAGUUCACAAACUCUCUGCGCCCCACCACAGUCAGCACCAAGCACAAUUCAAAUCCUCGUCACUUAUGUGAUUCCAUCCAAAACUGCCAAUGCCACAUAUGAGGUAUGAAUGGUGUGAGGUUUGUAGCUGAUCAGAAGUAAUAUUUUCUAAAGAAAGGUUAUUUAGCCUUUCUCUCUUUCAAUUCAUGCUACUCGAAAACUACAUCAAACUCUCGCGUACGUUCCUUUUCUAUUGGUACAUAACAAAAGACUGUGAUCACAUGUAUUUCUCGAACAGGAAAUCUAACACAUGAAUCAAAAACGUCCAGCGAUUUUAUUUGUGCUGUCCACUGACAGUGAUGCAUAAAAACGUUGAAGAGAUAAUUGUUGAUUAUUUGUUACCAACAAAAGAUGACGGUCAAUUGUCUUUUUUCUGGUUUCUUGCUGGCCUGAAUUUCAGCCGUCUCGGCUUCGAGCCGUAAUCUCCCGAGAAAGACGUCUAAAUCAAACAAGCAGCUCAUAUUGUCCAGUGAAGUCACUAGCCGAAAACUGGAAACCAAGAGUAAAACAAUUAUUUACCGUGCAGACCUUUCCGGACGAUAUUUCUUUGUUUGCCAGUUGAAAAUAGCGUUGUUCUUUCUGCAUGAAUUAAUUAAGCAAAGGAGUAGUGACGUCACUGGACGGCAUUACCGGCUCAAUGAUUCAGACGUCUCACUCGUGCAGUUUGCAACUCGAGGAGAUGGUUGAAAUUCACUCUAGUAUCUCGUAAGCUAUUAUAGAAAAGUGAAAAUGUUCACCUCCUUUUUUCCCUAUCUAUCUAUCUAUCUAUCUAUCUAUCUAUCUAUCUAUCUAUCUAUCUAUCUAUCUAAUGUCACUGUUUAUCUAAAUAUCGAUUUAUUUAUUUAUUUAUUUAUUUAUUUAUUUAUUUAUUGCAGAUGAAAAACCUGUACCACUUCAUCAACUCAACAAGUUAUCUUUUCGAGCCACCCUUCAGCCGCUUUCCGCCACAAAUCAACACACAAUCUUGCACCUUAAACCAGGUAUCCCUUUGAAAUCCUUCAUCUAAAGCUAACACUGACUAUACUCUCAUGAUUUAGUCACAAGCUAUGACUAAAUUCAUUAGAUUUUUUUCAAUUUAAGGACAUUGAUUGAACGAAAAGAAGGAAGUUGACAAUAGGUGCAGAUUCGUGCAACCAAGUUACUUAAAAAAACACAAUUGCUCCAAUCGGUUUAUUUCUCUGCUGUAUAUCCAAUAAAUUUUGACAGUUCUAGAGUGGCUGUUAGGAAUGUAUUUGAAUAUCGUUUUUUUUUCUGAAGCAAUUAAAGGACAAUCUAACAAUCGCCUAUGAGAAGAUGGAUGUUUUCAGAAGUCCGCUGUACAUGGCCUUAUCCUAUGAAGAAAAUCAAGGGUCGUUGCACAAUUCAGUGGCUCAGAUGCUCUGGGACAUAAGCACUGACAUCAAUGCGACAUCUGUAAUGCUUAUUCGCGAGGUAACAAAAUUUUGAUUUGAAUUGAAUUAUAACUUUUUCGAAGGGACCCAAACACGGAAUAUAUUUUUUGCAGGCCAAGAACGUGAUACUAGUUUAAAAUGAUUUAUUUUAAAAUAGAUUUGCCACAUGUAUUUUUCCCAAGGUUUAGAGGAAGUCCAAACGAAACGACACCAGGAAACCUGACAAAGUAUUUCGCAUGUGAUUAAAAAAUUUCACUUUUACAGCCUACAAAAGCUAUCCAUAUUUUCUCUGUGUUUUCACAGUAUAUCGUGAAAACCCUUUAGGCCAUCAUUUAUUCCAAACGAUUAGAUGCAAAACGAAAUAGAUUAAUUACUUAAUUUUAAUUCCCCACAGUUGUUGAAUAGCUGGGUGGCGCUAUCCAUCGGAUAAAUCACUAUCCAGUCGAUAAGUAUUAGAAAAACUAAUUGCAAUAUCUAUUGGAUUAGCGCUAUCCACCAUUUGAGCAACUGGGGACAGCGAUUAAAAUCAUUCAAAAUAAGUCUGAUAAGUCUCAACAUCUUUUGCAAAUUUUUCAGAUGCAAAAGAACACCUUCCCUGUACCAACCACUGCUACUGGAAAUUUUACGGCGCAGAUGAACCACAUCAUUCGAGUGUAUCUACAAACACUGGUUAAAGCUAACUUGCUGGUAAGAUAAUCACUUCUCGUACCAAAGAAUUGUUUUUUUCAGGGAUGAAAUAAAGAAAAAAAAUAUGUAAAAGACCAUUACUGAAUCUACCCAAACAAAAUUUAGUAUACUGCUGUUAACUCCUUAAUGAGGCACUUUUGGGGAAAAUUUUCCUUUAGUUUAGGCAGGGAAUGAAAAAACUAAUAACUUGAGCUACUGGUAGCUGCGUGGUCAUUCCCGAAAAAUUUAAUGGUGCUCUUAGUUAUCUCAUGUAGGUGCGAUGUGGAAAAAGUGUAACGGUAAUGUGGUUACCCUGAAAUGAAAUCCAUUUUCUUCACAGCAAGGUCCUCUUACAGAUGACAUGGUGACGAUUUACCGCAAUUACGUCCUUCUCUACUCGCUACAAAACGUCGUUAAAGAGGUCACUACUUGUGUCUUCUAUUUGUAA